AUGCCCGCUUUGGGUCUUGGGACUUUUAUGGUAAAUUCUUUCGUUCCGAGCAUUACUUUCUAGUCACCAUCGGAAGAUGUAGAGAAGGCCGUGACGUGGGCAAUAGAAGCUGGAUAUCGGCACAUUGAUUGCGCUGCAUUUUACCAAAAUGAACCAGCUGUCGGCUCAGCCAUCAAAAAAGCGAUACAGGAUGGACUUAUCAAGCGCGAAGAUAUUUUCAUUACCUCAAAAGUAAGAGUGCGUUUUAUUCUUUUUCACAAAAUUUAAGUUAUGGUGCAGCGAACAUCGAGCCAAGGAUGUCCGUCCGGCAUGUGAAGGUUCAUUAAAUAGGUUAGGUUUGGCAUAUCUGGACCUUUACCUCGUGCACUGGCCUGUUUCGUUUAAGGUAACUGCAGAAGUAACGAACUUCUCCUUUACAGAUAAAACCGGAUGUUCCAUUUUCGAAGGAUGACCCUAAUUGUUUGGAGUAUGAAGAUGUCCCUUUGGAAGAAACAUGGAAGGUAAAUAAUGAAUCUAGACGCCAAGUGUUCCACCUUAAAGAGAAGCACGGUGUUUGACGCGUCCUCCGGUCCGUUUAUUGAUUUUAAGGUCACUAAGUAAUUAUUCAUACCUGUUAAAGGAAUUCCACGUUUUUAACCUUUUAUUAAUGAAGGCUGUGUCAGGCUAGAACCCCACCAUAAACUAAGUUCAGUGACUUAGGCGGGUACUUGUCGUCUACGCGACUGUGUUUUUCAAAACAAUCUGAAUGUCCCAUUUUCAAAGGAUGACCCAAAUUGUAUGGAGUAUGAGGAUGUCCCGUUGGAAGAAACAUAGAAGGUAGAUAGUGAGUUUUAGCACCAAGCGCUCCACCUUAAAGAGGAAGCCAAUGCUUGACGUGUCCUUCCGUCCACUUAUAAGUCGAUAUAUCAACUUUAUUGUCACUAAGUAAUUAUUCAUACCUGUUAAACGAGUCCCACGUUUCCAACCUUUUUCUAAUGGCGGUUGUGCUAGGCUAUGACUUUACUAUAAAUUAUGUUUGUCGACUAAGACGAACACCAGUCAUCCACGCCAUUGUAUUGUUUAAAGACUGUUUGGCUAUCUAUGUGAACUUUAUGGAACAGGUCAGGUUUUUUUUACUUCUGUAAUGCUUAUCGAUGAUCGUAAAGAGCAUUACGCAUUGGGAACAAAAUUAGUCCCUUUUAGACAUACAUUUCCCAUAGGACUACCCAUUUCUUAACAUUGACUGCUCACAGAAAUAUAGAGAACAGUUACUUUAGUGUGAUUUUUCAAUAGCUCAUAUUUAGGAACAGAUUAGAUAGAAAACUUAGUCUUGCUCUAUCUGUCUUCUUUACUUUUUCCAAUACUUUACUGUCGUAACCGUACUAAAAGAACCAAGGACUAUGCCUUCAGGAUUUCGUAAUUUUUGGAUUCGGGUUCCGCCAAAACUGUGACCAUACGGAUGCCUAACGGUAAAAAUACCGGGAAACAACUAUAGUUGUAGUCACAAUUCCUGUUUGUGAAAAGUCAAACGUCCGCGGAAAUUUUACUAAAGAAUUGGAUUUUACCUUAUAAGGCUUUAAUUAGUGCUCCUAUCUUAGAAUUCGCAGAUUCCUUCCACGACCUCCGCUUGCAAAUUAUGUUUUCCAACAACUUUUUAUUCGGCCUGCGUAUUUGAGUCUUAUGGGCUAGCAGCUUCUUUAUAAUAGUCGGUUUUUUCGACCAGCCUUUGACUGACGAAGAAAUAAAGCAAUCUUUAUUGAUACACCUUUUUGAACUAUAAAACAUCCGCAUAUCAAGGCGCAAAUACUUCCUCCUUGUGACUUUUGCACGAAUACUGCGGAAAUCUAAAUUAUUUCUAGGCAUUGGAUACAGCAGCCUUUCUCGAGUCCCUGAUGAGUAAUUGAAUUUAAAAAGUUAAGUUUAAUUGACAAAGCUGACCAUACUGUAGAUCUCAUUUUGGGUUUAUUUGCUGAUGCCUCUACGUUUACUCCCUAAAUUUUCUUCAAUCGGCCAUUACAUUGUUGUGAUUCUAAGAACGACUUUGAUAUCACAUCAGUUGUAGGUUUGUUAGUUCGUGGAUGCCAACGCUUCGUUCCAGUCACUUCUGUAAGUUAUUCUAAGUCUUCACAGACAACGCAUGGGGCGUUUGAGUAGCAGUUUACGAAUUAUUUGCCUGCAAUCAGGAUAGAUCGAUGCACGUCUGAUUACGGUCAGUCUGAGGCAAGCCAGUUCGUUCAUUAGUGGGAUGUCGCAUGUUCAACUGGCUAGUUCGAAUCUCAUGUGUGCGGCCUUGUUUAUCAGUUAAAGACAAGUCAGUAAAGAUUUUUCCCGUCCUGCAUCAUGGAUCGGUGUAGGCUACCAGCAUGUAACGAAAUUGGAAGAUUAUAUGUAGCCAGCGCUUUCAUUAUUAUCCUUGGGUCAAGGCUGUUCAGAGCCUUUGGAUCACUAGUUCUCUGCCUUUUCAGACAACGAAUUUGGUAUAGGACGAAAACCAGUAAGCUAUUGACCACUAAUGAUUGCUAAAAUGAUUCUAAAUUGUUCUAGGCCAUGGAGGAGCUUGUUGACGCAGGACUCGUCAAGUCUAUUGGUGUAUCAAAUUUCAACAAAAGUCAGAUCGAACGACUUCUUAAAGUGUGCCGCAUAAGGCCUGUUGUUAACCAGAUCGAAGUCUCCGUCAACUGGAUGAACAGUAAAAUGGUGGAGUACGCGAAAAGCAAAGAAAUCAAAGUGACCGCAUACGCGCCGUUUGGUUCGCCCGUUUUUAUUCGGUAUGUCACUUUCGAAAUACUGUUACCAAGUCUCCUUUUCUUUCCGGUGGACUGUCGGACUUUAUUUUUUUCAAAGUGUUUGAGUAAAGUGGAUGUACAGUCAGUAACCGAUCCCAUGAAAUGUUAAUCAAAAUUAUAAAAUGAGUUUUGAAAUUAGGUUCUUAAGUUAGUUUUUUAUUAUGCAACAUUAUCCCAAAAUAUUUCAGACGUGCCGGGACUUGCUUUUGCCUCCUACAAUGUCCUCACGUCGUAGAAACUGGACUGCAGUUAAAGUGAUUACUUAAUCAAUUUCCAUUUUUUAUAUUGGCUUUCGAUGUUCCUAUAGAUUUUGAUAUAUUUUAAAGAAACCAUAAAUAAAAAUAUGCUUCCUCAUAUUCAUUCGUUAUCAAAUAACGUAUUCUUCAAACUCAAUACACAGGAAAGAUAUUCGUAGGUUCCUUAGAAGAUUUUCCAUUUCCCACAUAAUUUUGAUCCCGAUCUCCCGUUGCAUUUCCGUCUGAGGUUUUCCGUCUACCAUGGGUAUACGUUCUGUGUACGGAAAGCCAAGUAUUCCCAUAUUCCAGUAGGGUGAUAUAAUAUGGGGCUCAUAGCACUUUGCAAUUCAUGCUGACUCUGUGGUAUACCUCAUGACGAGCAUUAGUAAACGGACAGAUAACAUGUUAUCAAAGUGGAAAUUUCACGGUUUCAAAGAAUCUCAUAAUUAUAAAGUUCUUAAACAUCGAAAGAUGCCUUUUAUUCGGAUAUUUGAUUUUAAAAAGGCGUGAUUUCCCGCAAAAAUGAAUACAAGCGGAUUAUUUCUGUUUAUGUUUUCUGUAAAAGAUAUUAUAAUAAAUAGUGGCAUUGAAAAUCAAAAUGAAAAAUCAUGCUACUCAAGUGUUCACCUUUAUACGUAUUACGGAUUUUGCUGAAUUGUCUGAAAUAUGAUUCCACUCAAGCAGUUUUUUCUAGUCGAAUGUACGUUUCAUAAUUUUAGUUGACAUCGCUUCAGAUGGGUAACUGACUGUAUGUUUUAAAUAGGCCCAUUGAAGAAGUAAUACUGAUUUUUUUCUAUUCUUUUCUAGUGGAAGUGUGCGUAGGAGGUUUUGGUUAUUUUAAACAAGGUUCAUAGGAAAAAACCAGCCAUCCUGGUUCCUUAAGAAAAGUGACGUUUAAUUUUCUGUGAGCUUUUAACGCACGGGGUUUCAGUGUGUCCAGAAACAACUUCAUGCCUUAGUUUUUGAUUUACUCUUUUAGACCCACACCUAUCCCAUCACCGCUGCAAGAGGACUACGUGGUAAAGAUUGCAGAGGCGCACUCUAAAACGCCAGCCCAAGUGCUCCUUCGCCAUGCUUUGCAGCGUGGACUUAUAGUCAUACCUGGGAGCAUAAAUGCUGGACGCAUCAGACAAAAUAUUGACGUAAGUCACGCCAACUCUUAGGAGAUUACCUAACUUAAACACACGUGAUUUAUAUAAUCCACUCUAAUAGUAGUCUUAGCGAAAGUCUAAAUACGCCAGUUAUUUAAAUCCCAUUGCAGGUUUUCGACUUCGAACUCACGGAAGAUGAGAUGCGAAUCCUGAACACGAGUGGGAAAAACAUUCGACUCUUCUCCUUACCUUGGUAAAUUUGCUUUCUCCAAUACCUACCAACCUUCCUAGCAUCGCAAAGCACCCGGAAUACCCGUUCCAUGACGAGUACUGA